AUGUCUAAUCAAACUUCACACUCAAGAAGAAAUUCAUUGAAUUCAAUAUCAACUACUAAUUCAUCAAGAACUAAAAAUGAGAUAUUAUUAAGAUCAACUUCAACUGAUAAUUUAAUAAUAGUUGAUGAUAAAUUUUUAAGAAAACCUACAAAAAAAUCAAAUAUAUCACCUGUUAUACCAUCUGCUGAAUUUAAUAAUAAUGGUAAUAAUGGUAGUAGAAAUAAUAGUAUAAAUAGUUCAAAUUCUUAUUAUUCAAAAGAAGGUGUUUAUUAUUUUCCAAAUGGUGAAAUAUUUCGUCCACGAACAAAUCCAAUAAAAAGAAAUAGACCAAGUAAAGUUAAUACAGAAGCUAAUAAUAGACAACAAAAUGGUAAUACAAAAUCUAAUCAACAUAAUCACCAUCAGAAUUCUCAUCAAUACCCACCACCUCAACAUCAAAAACAAAAACAACAAGUACUUUCAUUUCAUAAUAGAUUAGAUUCACCAGUAUCAUCUCAAUCUUCAACAUCUACUAAUUCAAUGCAACAUUCAAAUGGUUCAUAUACUUAUAUACCAAAAUCAGCAUCAUUACAAAAUGUUAAAAGUUUAAAUAUGCAAAAUUUAACUAAAACAAUUAGAGAUAAUAAAAAUGACGAUAUACAUUCUAAUAUUACAAUUCAAGAUCAAUCAAAUAAUUUCAAACAACCAUUUGAAAGUUAUAGAAACAACCAUAAUAGUAGUUCAUCAAGUUUGAAUAAUAGUGGAAAAUUACAAUGUCAAAAUAUUACUAAAACAGAACAAAGAAAUUCAAAUUCUUUUUCUUCAACGAAUUCUAAUGUUUCAAAUGUUUUACAUAAUAAUGGAUCAAAUAGUCAGAUUAACAGAUCAAUGAGUAAUACACCUUCAACCUCAAUUAAUGAAGAACAAAUUAAUAAUCACCAACUUAAUAAUAAUCAUCAACAACAUAAUCUUUCACGGGAACCAAGAAUGCCUGGUAUGAUGAUACAUUUAUCAAAUAGUUCAAAAGAAUCUAAUAUAACUUCAAAUUCAAAAGAAUAUGAUCUUGAAAAUAAAGAAGAAUCAACUUUAGAUAGUAAUGAUUUAACUGGUUUCCAAAUUAUAAAUCUGCAUCAACAACUUCAAAAUAAAUUACAAUAUACGAACCUGAGAAAUAGCGCAAGUUUGAGUUCAGAAUCAUCAGUAAAUGAAAGUAAUAUGAGUAAUUCUGUUCCACAAAAUGAAGAUGACUAUGGUAAUGAUGUCACUGAUGAUACAGGAUUGAGUACAUUAAAUGAAAUUAGUGAAGAGUAUCAUAAAUCAACUACACCUACCUUGACUCAAUUUGAAUCAAGCGAUGCCGGUCAUCCAAUUGAUCAAAUAUCUCACCAUGAUUUAAAUACUAAUUCAAGAAAUUUUGAUGAUGUUUCACAUGAAAAUGAGUUUGUAAAAAAAUUGGACCAAGAACUACCAAUUAACCAUAAUAGGAAUUAUAAUAAUAAUUAUCACAAUUAUAAUAAUUAUGAUGAUAAUAAUAAUAAUAAUAUAAAUACGCGUAAUUCGUUAUCAAACGAAGAAGAUGGAAAUAAUUUUUUGGAAGCUGGUGAUCGGUCAAAUACUUCAUAUUUUACAACGUAUGAAUCAUCAAAUAUAUCAAAUAAUAGUGUAAAUGUAAAUGUUGAAGAAUUAUCAAAACCACAAAUGCCAACACUAAAUAGUUUAAACAAUCAAAGUGAGGAUGAUAUAUUUGGGACCCCUUUGCAAACACCGGAAAUUGAUAAAUCACAGCCAAAAUUUCUAUCAACUAUUCAUCAAACAACAGAACAAGAUGGAAACUUCAAUGGUUCUGCAGAGUUAACAUCACCUAUUAAUUUAGGAAACAAUGGUCAAAAUUCAUUUCAUACAGUACCUGUUAAAGAUAUACCCAAUCGUCCACCACCAUUAGAUAUAGAUGACACUGGAGCUGCUUAUAGUUCCACAAAUAGUUCACCACCAAAUGAUAUCGAAAGAACUAGUUCAGAAAUAUAUCCAGAACCAACUGUUGAUUUUGUGGAUCAUUACUUAAAUGAUUCUUCACCAGAACUGGUCGUGGUAAAAGAAAGAUUACCUGUUAAUAAUGAAGCGAAAGAGAAAGAACCAAAUGAAAAUGACUUCAAUAAAAAUGUCAAAAUUGAUGAUGAUGAUGAUACAGUACCAAUUGUAAUAGAUAUUCCACUUCAACCAGCAGAUGCUAAUACUACUGGUAAUAUAAGUAAUGUUUCAGAAGUUUAUGAAUUAAAUUCUUCAGCUUUCAAUAAAUAUAUUCAUGAUGAACAAAAAGAAGUACCACCAAGAGGUGAUGUUACAAUAAUGGAUCAUAAAAUUAAAAAACAUCACCGAAAUGCUUCAUCUGCAUCAUCUGCUGAUUUUUUUAAUAAACCUGGAACUUCAACAACUAAUUCAGAAGUAAAUCGUUCACCAAAAGAAGGUACACCACCACCACAAGUUUUUAAAAGAGGAAAUUCAGCAAGUCCUAAGACACCAGUUGGUCAAACUAUUCCAAGUCAAUUAAACUUAACUCCUCCAAAAAGUCCAUUAUUAAUACCUCCACCACCUAUUGAAAAAUCACCAAACAUGAAAGUUAAAGGAAGAUCUAAAAAGAAAAAAUCGACCAAUGAAGACUCUGCUAGUGCAAUUACUGAUUUAUCGUUGAGUAAAACAACCACUACAAAAAGUAUGAUUAGUGAAGAUUUAAUAAAAUCAAAUUCAAGGCCUGAUUCAUCUAAAGUUGCUACUCCAACAACAGAAGCUAACGUUGAAACUCCGAAACAGAAAGUAAAGUCAUUGUUAGGUGACGAAUCUGCAACUCCAUCUACAACUCCGAAAAGAAUAUCACUAACAAGAUCAAGAUCAUUGACAAGUUUAUUAAGACUGAAGUCGAGUUCAUCUUCGUCAUCACCAAAGACUCCAAAAUCUGAUGAAAAAUUCAAAUCACCAAUAAUACCAUCAUCCACGAAUAUAAAACGUAAAGCACCAAUAUCAGAUUCUCUGAAAACUAAAUCACCAAUAAAAGCAACAUUACUAAAUGCCCCUCCAACUAAGUCUCCAUCGUCUUCAACUUUAUCAAGCUCAAUUUCAAUACGUAAUUUUAAAUCAUUCUUUAAAAAGUUUAGACCACCACAUAGUGAAAAACUAGAUUCUACAACAACUACAUCUCCACAAACUGUUGCAGCAAAAUCUCCUACUACAAAAUCGAAUCAAUCAACUCCUAAAUCAACAACAUCAUCUUCAUCAGGUAAAAGGUUCAGAUUCAAUUUUAGAAAUAAAGAAGAUACACCGAAAUAUCAGAUCGUUGUCAAAACUAAACCAAGAGAAGAACCAAAACCAGCUGAACCUGCACAAAAUUUUAAAAUAGAUUCAUUACCAAGUUUCGAACCAGAAUCAACUGGAUUAUUUGAUGAUAUGUUGACUACAUUUGAUGAAAAAUUUGAAAAUGAAUUAACACCAACAAAACCACCAGACUUUUUAAAGAAAUUAAAUGAAAAGUUAACAACAAGUAAUGGAAUCACAUCAAAUAUUGACAUGAAAAAUGUAAGUAAUCAACCAUUUUUAAAAGAUGAUGAAUUGACUAAAGAUCAAAUUAAAGAUCAAAAAAUUCAAGAUACAAAUAAUAACAUAUUAGAUUUUAUAAGUGAUGAAGAUUUGAAAAGAUUAACUGCUGAACCAUCAAAUGAAGUAGUGGGACAUCAUCUUAAUCCAGACCUAAACAAUGAUGAUGCAGGUGGUACAAUGAAUAGUUUUCUUUUGCCGUAUAUCGAUGAUAAUUUUAUGUUUUUAAAAAAUGAAGAAUAUUGGACAACAAUGGAUGAAACUGCAUUAAAAGAACAUAUAUCAAAAUCUGAAAAAAGAUUAUCUAAUCAAUUUCAAGAACAUGAAGUGGCUCCUAAUGAUGAACGUUCUCAAUUUAUUGGUUCAUCACCUGUAAAAGUUCUUGAUGUAAACCAAAACGAUAUUAAUGGUAUCUCAAAUGGAUCAAUUGAUCAAGAACAAAGCAGUUGUGGAACAGUCAUCGUAAUAGAUAAUCAAGAAUUGAAUUAUUUUUUAAAAAAUAUGAGUGAUGAAGAUAAACAUAAUUUACCAAUACACUUAAAAUAUAUAAAACAAUUUCAAGAUGAUUCAAAAACAUCUUCUUCUUCAUCGAUAGAAGUUGAAAUAAAUAAAUUCAAAGAUAUAACAAACCAACCACCACGUACCAAAGAAACAACAACCACCAAUUCAUCAAUUCUUAAAAAGAAAAAAAAUUAUAGAUUUCAAAUCCCAACAGAAACAUCAUCAGAUAAAUCAUCAAUCAAACUUUCUCGAGUACCUACUACAAAAAAACAAGUGAAUUUUCAAAAUAAAAUUCAAAUUAAUGAAACUUUUUCAAGUGAUUUAUACAAACGUUAUAAUAAAUCAGUCACUCAAUAUAAUUUAACUGAUCCACUUGAAAUUAACAUGAUUAAAAAUGAAGUAAAUUAUUAUAAAUGUAAUGAAAUGUUGGUUCAUGAACUGUCACAAAAUAAUACUCAUUUUUAUUAUUAG